AUCGGACUCAAAAAAAAACAAAUUGAUCGAAAGAAACUAAAAAGAAAGAAAGGAAAGUAAAAGAAUGAAGAGAAGAGUUGGAUAGGUUGGUGGUGUAAUCAAUAUUUCUCUCACACACUCAUCAUCACUCACUGUCUUUCUCUGUACAGAAUAAAUAUAAAACUUAAAAUAACAAGAAAAGGAAAAGAAAAGAAAAAAAGAAUGACUGCUGUAGACAAAUAGAGAAUGGCACCUGCAUAACUCUUCUCCGCGAUUUCUCUCUCUCUAUCUCUCUCUGGUCUGUUGAGAAUGGUACCUUCUUAACACUGGGUUCUCACAGUUGAUGGUUCUCAGAGAUCUCUCUUCAGAAAUUCUUAAUUCGGAUAUGGGAUCCUUAGCAUUUGAGAUGCAGCCUUCAGUCACGGAAAUUUAUUUAGCUUUGGGUCUAAAUGAAUCAAGAAAACGAGUUAUAGUGAUCCCCCGGGUGUUGUCACUUCUUUCUUCAUUUCUUGAGAGAUCUGUUCAAAAGAACGAAAAAUUACUAGAGUCCAUGAACCACAAAGACAUGGUUACAGUCUUUCAUGGGUUGAGAGCGCCUACUCUGAGCAUCAGGCAGUACAUCGACCGCAUCUUCAAGUACUCAAACUGUAGUCCGUCAUGCUUUGUUGUUGCAUGCAUUUACAUGGACAGAUUCCUACAAAACGGCGAUCUUCUCCUUACGUCACUCAAUGUUCACCGUAUUCUCAUCACCAGCGUCAUGGUAGCCGCAAAGUUUAUUGACGAUGCGUUCUUCAACAAUGCAUAUUAUGCUAAAGUGGGAGGAGUCAGCACUGCAGAGAUAAACAGAUUGGAGAUGAAAUUCUUGUUUAGUUUGGAUUUCAGACUCCAAGUGACUAUAGGGACAUUUGAAAGGUAUUGCGUUCAGUUGGAUAAAGAAGCAACAGGGCGUUAUCACAUCGAGCGGCCGAUUCAGUUUUGUGGUUUAAAAGAAAACAGGCAAAUCAUUGAGGAAUCAAAAGGUGCUGCAACAGUCUAGAUAUCAAGUUGUGUACUUAUGUCAAUGUAUACCAUUAUGGAUCCUUUCCAUCUACUUGUGUUUGUGUAUGUAACAGGUUUUUUUUUCCCAUGUACAAGUUCUAAACUGAAAAUUUCCUCUGGUGAAUUUACCUAAUUUUUUUAGGCUUGUUUGGCCCUGUAUGGUUACUACUUACAAGUUACAACCUAAGAAGAGAGUUCUCCAUUAAAAAGUGAA